AUGGGUUUCCAAUUCGACAGUCCCGCCAAAGACAACAACGGCGCUUAUUACUACAAUGAUGGCGAUGUCAAGGUCAUUCGGGUUCCCCUUUCCAACGAAUGUUAUGGUGACCUGCGCAUGGACCACGAGCAGCUCAAGGAGUGGUUCGGCAUCAGCAACGACAAUUUGCCUGAUCUCCCAGCAUACUAUAUCAGCCCCCGUCUUGACACUACUUGGGAGGGUUAUUAUAAUGAUGGUUCAAACAAGGGCUGGUGGAGAAUCACUGGUGACAUUGUGGCGUAUAAACCGAUCGAAUGGGUUCCGUCCGUUGCACGGAUUCGAGACUUUCCCAAGAAUAGCAUCGUCACGAAAAUCGAAAAGGAGCGGGUAGAGACUACUACCACGAAACUUUAUGCAAAGGCAGGGUUCUCUCUGGAGAUCUCAGGCGGUGGAAACUUCAUGGGAAUGAAGGCGGAAGCCAAGGCAACAACAGAGACAGGUGUCGAAUUCGAGCGCGAGGUCAAGAAUGUCGACAAGUACACUCAGGAGGGAAAGGUUGGCGAUGAACCGCUCGUCGAAGUUGCAAUUGGACUUAUGCUCCGUGUUGAAGAGGUUUACACCCACAACGUCAACAUCUGGCUCGACGACCGAGGACAAAGCGACUCAAUGGGCUGGUCUGGUGGCCCCGGUUGGAACGACAUCUGGAUCCCCUCGCGGGCACUCAGCCGGGUCGACGGUCUUCAAUUCUCAAACAUCCGCAUGAGCGGCACUGGGUAUUCCUCAGGGCUUUAUGUCCAGACUCUUCCUGUAUUUAAUGACAAGAAGGAAUUGGGAGACAUUCAUCUUGCUCUGAGCAGCAAGGGUUGGACAGACUGGUAUGCCUAUACGGUUGGGAAGAAAGGGAAGAGUACGGGACGCCAGCUUUUGGCUUACCCGAACUACAACCCGUCUACGACUCUUAUGCCAGUUAACAAGGCGCCACCCAAGGAAUAG